GGUCACGCUGGAUGAGUCACGGGAGGCUGGGAGCUCCUCGGCAGCAGUUUUUCUAAUCAUAAUCCCCAGUACGCUCGCCAGUUGAAUAUGACUGGAUCCGCCAUGAAUAACGGUAUCGUGGAGCGCGUGGGAUACAUCACCCGGGUCCAGAGCUUCAGCGCAUGCCACCGCCUGCACAGCAUUCAUCUGACCGAUGAAGAUAAUGUAAAAGUCUACGGGAAAUGUAACAAUCCUCACGGGCAUGGACACAACUACAGAGUGGAGGUUACAGUGCGUGGAAAGAUCGAUAAUACCACGGGCAUGAUAAUGAACCUGACCGACUUGAAGAGGUGUAUAGAGGAAGUCAUCAUGAUUCCGCUUGAUCAUAAGAACCUGGAUAAGGAUGUCCCGUAUUUCACCAAUAUUGCCAGCACAACUGAGAACCUGGCUGUUUACAUAUGGAACAACAUGGUGAAGGCAAUUGCACCGAACAUGCUGUAUGAAAUCAAAAUUCACGAGACCGAUAAGAAUAUUGUCAUAUACAGAGGAGAGUAGACGUCAAGACGUAUUUUCUUUACAAGUGCCGUGUAUGAACUUUGUGUGGUUUGUCUACUCCGACCUCAUAAAAAGUGUUGUUAGACACAUGUGUCUUAUCAGGCUGGUACUUUUUUUUAGUUUGGCAAAGUCUUGUUACUUCCAUAACAAAUGCAGUUUGAUUUUAUUUAUGGAUAGCCCCUUGAGAUGAACAGCCAUCUGUUUUUUUUUGAGAGGGGGCGGGUCACAAUAAUUUAAAGAGAUGCUCAAUGUAAUUUUUUUUCACUGUAAAAAUACAUUUUAAUCAGCGAUUGUGAAUGUUUUUGUGUGUGACAAAAAUCUGUGUGCAUUUCUAUUCAAAUGAAUUCUGAAAUGAAAUCCUCUCGCCAUUUGAGCUCCAGUUCUCAAAUCUUCUUCUCUGCGCUUUUUACACCCGACAUUGCAAUGUUUGGAUAUUCUAACUGUGAAAUCCAUAAGCAGUCAUUUAGAAUUCCAUAUUUUUGUGUGAGGGUGUGAAUCUGCAUUUCAAUGACACCUAACCUUAGACCUUCCUGGGGCAUUAGUCAAAGUUCCAACCAAAUCUGACCAGGCUUCAUCAAUUCAUGCAACAUCGUUGGCGGGAAACUCGGGGGAAUAAAGUAUGUGGGGCUGCCUCAGUGCCAAUAGCAGCCCUGCCUGUUGGAGUUUGCAUGUUCUCCCCAUGCCUGCCUGGGUUUUCUCCGGGCACUCCAGUUUCCUCCCACAUCCCAAAAACAUGCAACAUUAAUUGGACACUCUAAAUUGCCCCUAAGUGUGAUUGGGAGUGUAACUGUUGUCUGUCUCCAUGUGCCCUGUGAUUGGCUGGCAACCAGUUCAGCGUGUACCCCGCAUACUGCCCGAUGAUAGCUGGGAUAGGCUGUAAGCACUCCUGCGGCCCUUGUGUGGAAGAGCGGCUCAGAAAAUGGAUGAAUGAAUUGAUGGUUGUGCAAAUGAAUUGAAAAUAUGUCAUUCUUACCACCAGAUGGCGACCUAUCCUAAUAGUACUGGUCUACUGGUAUAUUCACAUGAGGUAAAUAAUUCUAUUAAUAAGAAUAGCUUUGUGAAAAUGUAAAUAGUUGUGAUCUGGAUACUGGAAAAUUCUUGGACUUUGAACUGGAUAUAGGAUGUCUAUUCAAAAUGGUGGCAUGGCAUGUCCUAGAAAAACUAUACUAGAUACUUUGAAGGUUUGGUAUUUCUUUUUUAUAUUUGUCACCACUUAAACAAUAACAAUAAAACUCUUCAAGUGAGGGUUAAAUUGUAGUUUCUUUAAAUAAGGUUCAAUGCAAACAGCCUUUUUGGUUGGGAGGCAAAAUAAUGAUUGUAUGAUGAAGGAUUUUGUGGGGUAGGAGUUGGGGGUGGUGGCGCUGGGGGGAUAGUGGCCCCAUAUCCCACUAGAUCCACACCUGCUAAAUAUGACAAACAAUGAGCAGCAGCUGCUCAGCUUUACAUUCAUACCCAACCAAAAGCAGUCCAGUAUUAAAAAAUGAUGGUAAAUCCCCUGUAUGUCAUACAAAAGAAAACGGAGCAAAUUAGCACAUUUGAAUAUUUUUUUCUGGAUGAACCAUAAAUUAUUGGAUUUUUGGAAGGGAAGAAAACUGCUCGGUGGAUCUAUAGUUGAGCACUGCGAUCUCUGCCCUUUGUUCAUAAUUUCCACUGAACUUGAAUGAUAUACACUACAAUAAAGUAUUGUAAAUGGUUAAUAGCAUUAACACUUUUUUUUUUUUAUGUGGGAUGCAAUAUACUAUUUGACUGGACAGCCUCAGGGCCACCACCACUGUACUGCUUCUUGUCCAACAGUAAGUGGUUUUCUUUAGCAAAUGGCACUGAGCCAGAGUAAAUCCCUGCUGCAGAAACUACAAUAACAUAAGGGUGUGACAAAGCCAUUCUUCUUAAAUCUGCAAAAUAUUCAUAUGCUAGGAACUUUCUGGAAGAAUGUGGAAAGAGUGACUUAAUUGUGGUAAAUUGUGCUCUUGAUAUGCUUUUGAAUGGCAGACUGCUUAUUUAAACAUUCUGUAUAAGGGGAGUGACUCCUUUCAAAUAGUAAAAUGUGGUUAUAGUAUAUGAUACUUGAUGUAUCACAUUGGCAGUAGCUGUGUUAUCCACUUGUGUUUCGGCUUUUGCAACAUGUAUAUUUUCAGAGCUAUAAAUUCUGAAAUUUAAGGCAAUGACUACCAUAAAUUAUGAAUGCAAAGAGCCGAAAGGUUUUCUCGGAAACUUACUAGCUUAUUAAAUACAAAUUGAAUGUUUUUUUUUUUUUUCAGCUCACCUAAUUUCGAGCAAAUCAGAGGUCAGCCGGUCACCUGGAAUGGAUUGCGUUUUUUUCUUUCUGCUGCAAUAACACAUCCCACACAGCAGGGACACAUAUUUUCCAUAUGUUUUGCUCCCCUAGGGAUACAAAAUGUCGAUCAAGCUGCAAGUAUAAGUGGUAGAAGAGGAAUGUGUGCCGUAAUCUGUACUUGCGCUCGAUGGGCGCCUAAUAAGGGUUGAUGCUCCCCUCAGUGACAUGUGAUGAGCUGAGAUCAUCAUCAAAGGAAGCUCACAGAUCUUGGAGCUUUACCUGUUUGACCUGCUGCGCUAAAAGUCCGUCGGAAUCAGGGAAAACCAGGUCAGGGAAAGCUUUUUCUUAUUUUAAUUUCGAGACAUCUUAACAUGGAAAAAAGCUGUGUUUGAUGCUCGUUGCUUUUUAGUGUUGCAGUUGCAAACCUGAUGUACUUUGCUUUGCACAUCACAACACAAAUAACUGAUAGUGCGGAUAAUAGUGUGAAACUGGAAAAUAUACUGUGUAUGGAACGGCCUGGCGCCUUGCUAAUGACCAUCUGUAAAUUUUGCAAACUUAAACUUUUUUUUUUCUUUCCCUGAGAGCAAAAGGUUACAUUCUUGAACUCACAUGUUGACAUCCGUUCAACCUGGCACUCUAUAAAACAUAAGCCAGAAACUGUUAACUGAGUCCUUGUCAGACCAAAAUCUUACAAUGAGCAAAAAUUUUUUUCACACUUUCAGGGUGGUAAAAUUUUUAAAUGAACAUAAACUUGCAUAAAAACAUGCGUCUCCUUUUGUUGGCGCUGUAAUGAAGUAAAUAUUGUGUAUGCUGUGUUUUUGAAUCAGAAUUAAAAUUAU